GAAUCUUUCAUGGUCCUUGCAUCACAUAUCUAAUAAUAAACGAUGUACUACUUUAUAUCUUUACAGAUCGAGGAAGCGGCUGGCAACAUGUUGAUGUUGUCUGGCCCUUUAAUCGACGUCUACCUGACCAAGCUUGGCGAGGAAGUGGCGUCACGACUCCGCCGGAAUAACAGCACGGGCCUGGCCACCUUUGCUGACUUCAUCCCGUCACAGGCGUUCACGCCUAUCAUGUACCUGAUCCAGCGAUAUGGUGGUCAGGUCAGCCACUUCCAGGGCCGGGGGCCAUACGGGAAGGUGGAGAUAAAGAUCACCAGCCUCGAAGUCCUGGAGGCAGUCCUCAGCGGAGAGCGUUCGGACGGGCGAAACUACUUCAUGAGGCAACACUUCGACAGGGAACGCACACCAGACAAGAAAGUCAUCAGCCACUACCGGGGGGUGACGGAAGUGCUGGUGAACGAAGCCCUCCCCUUCACCAUGCAGUACAGCAGCAGCAGGCACAAAGUGAAGGUCUCAUUCUACAGGCAGAAGUAUGACCGAAACGGCAUGGUGGAGAACAGUGUUCUGCAGGCAGCAGGCAGCUCUUGACAAAUGAAACAUGAUUCUCACUGAUUAUGCAUGUCAAAUGAGAAGGAUCAGAAAGGUUUUGAAUAAAGUACUCCGUUCUUGUGAUCAAAUAUGACGUGCUUGUAUUCUUUGUGUCUAAACAAACUUGCACUGACCAAUAAUGAAAUAGGAUUUGACAAAAAAUGUUUUUACCAAUUGAAAAAUAAAAUUCAUAUCAAGUACAAAUAGUUCCAACCUGGUACAAAAACGAAUAACUCUGCAAGUACUUUUUGAUGGUUGCAUUUAUUGGAUUUGAGCACAAUUACAAUCCAUACAUAAUGAGUCACAUGUUUAUGUAUAACAAGUGUAGCACAAAAUUCAACAUAGCAUAGAAUUCACAUGUAAUCUUUGUUCAUAUUAUUUCAUUAUCUCUAUGUUUAACUAUUUGAUUGUCUAUGUCCUUUGUAACUUGUUCUGUUGGGCUACCUUGUAAAUCAGUUGUCCUAAACUGAAGGUACCACCCAACAGUUUUUAAGAUCAAUAAAUAAAUAAAUGAAUUCACAUAUGCAUUUUGCUCAAUCAAUAUAUACAAGUAUAAGUCCGACAUCAAACAAGCUAACUGCAUAAUAGAACAGGCAAUAUCAGGCAAUAACCUGUUUCACUAAAUGUAAUAUACAGCAGGAUCCCACAUUUCUGCUCAUUCUGACCCACAUAUCAGGUGAUACUCUUGUAGCAGACAGGUCAGCUUAAUACACUGCUUGACACAAACCAAUCGCCACAAUUUUCUUAAUUGGCAAAAGCCUAACUUAGUCGCACUAUGUAGCAUUGGGAGAUGCCUACUGCAAUCUCCGACAGUGUCGUUUUGGGCCAAAACACACCACAUGUUCAGAAAGAACAAGAACAUCUAGGAGAAUCUUAGUCUCCAUCAAGACAUCUCACUUCACAUGAAGUGAACAUACUUGUCAGUACAUAGACCCACAUCUGGGACACCUGCUGUAGUACAGACAGGCAAUUGGCGUGUGAAAUGUACAGUUUACCUAAGUUGGUGACACGACACUGUCAAAAUCAUUCAACGUCACGGGUCCCACCCAACCAGUCACCGUGGUUCAAGGUCUCGGUUCCCUCUCUGGAACUUACGCACGAUGACGUGUAUAAAUGCAAUUCAUGGAUGUGGCUGCGACUAAGUUGAUCAUUUUGAGAUUACCAAUCUGGAUAUACUCUGUCUGCUACAACGUACACCUUUCACAUGACUCUAUAAAUUUACAGAAUUGAAGGAAAACUGAAUGCUUACUUAGCAUCACCAUAUAGAUACAGUGAGCAUACAUACAUUGUACAUGCCAACAAUUUUUACGAUGAUCCUUGUGACUCACUUAACAGUUGGCAUCUGAGUGUAUUGUAUAAGAUAUAGCCUUUUGAAAAUACCUACAGCACCAACUGCCCUAGUUGGAUACAGGGAUAUUUCUAAAUUGGAAGAAAUACAGAAUUCUCAAACCUUUAACAGUGAACUGAUAUGACUGUAUGAUAACAGUACGACUAACAUGACUGCAUGAUAACAGUACGACUAACAUGACUGUAUGAUAACAGUACGACUAACAUGACUGUAUGAUAACAGUACGACUAACAUGACUGUAUGAUAACAGUACGACUAACAUGACUGUAUGAUAAGAGUACGACUAACAUGACAUAUGAUAACAGUACGACUAACAUGACUGUAUGAUAACAGUACGACUAACAUGACUGCAUGAUAACAGUA